AUGAUGACAGAGAGGAACAAUGUCACAGAAUUUGUCCUGCUGGGCCUCACUCAGGAUCCUGAUGUACAAAAAGUAUUAUUCAUCUUGUUUUUACUCAUCUACAUUGUGACAAUGGUGGGCAACCUGCUCAUCGUGACGACCAUUACUGCCAGCCCCUCCUUGGGCUCCCCGAUGUACUUCUUCCUUGCUUGCCUGUCACUCAUGGAUGCUGUGUAUGCCACUGCAGUCUUGCCCAAAUUGAUCAUGGACUUACUCUGUGAAGUAAAGACGAUUUCCUUCCAAGCUUGCAUGGUCCAUCUCUUUAUUGUGCAUUUAUCUGGUGGUGCUGAGGUGUUCCUUCUGGUGGCGAUGGCCUAUGACCCUUAUGUGGCCAUCUGUAAGCCACUGCACUAUUUGAUCAUCAUGAAUAGAAGGGUUUGUAGAAUCCUGUUGGUGGUGGCCUGGGUUGGAGGAUUUGGACACUCUGCCUUUCAGUUCAUCGUUGUGUACAAUCUUCCUUUCUGUGGCCCCAAUGUCAUUGACCACUUCAUCUGUGACAUGUUCCCAUUACUGGAACUUGCGUGCACCGACACCUAUGUUGUAGGCCUCACUGUGGUUGCCAAUGCUGGUGCCAUGUGUACUGUGGUCUUCAUUCUUCUCCUCAUCUCCUAUGGCAUCAUCCUGAACAAUCUUCAGACUCACAGUCAGGAGGGGAGGCGCAAAGCCCUGUCCACCUGUGGCUCCCAUAUCACGGUGGUUGUCCUGUUUUUUGUUCCCUGCAUCUUUAUGUAUGUCAGACCUGUUUCCAACUUUCCCAUUGAUAAGUCCUUGACUGUUUUCUACACCAUUGUCACCCCCAUGCUGAAUCCUUUGAUCUAUACCUUGAGAAAUUCGGAGAUGAAAAAUUCCAUGAGAAGGCUUAGGGGCGAAGUAUCAACAAGAAUUAGAAAACCAUAUUGA